AUGGCGGCCUCAGGUGGCGCGUCUUCAAUCCAAGUGACCGUUCGAGUGCGGCCGUUUACAAUUCGAGAGGCUGCACAGGUCUCAAAAUGCGACGAUGGCAUGGUUUUCAUGGGUGACGGGUCCCUUGCUAGCAAUGCUGCCCCUAAACUACAGCAAAAGGGCCUUCGCUCAAUCGUCAAGGUGGUGGACGAUAAAUGCCUAGUAUUCGACCCCCCUGAAGACAACCCCUUACAACGGUUUUCCAGAUCUGUCAUCCCCAACAGAGCCAAACGUGGCAAGGACCAGACAUUCAUGUUUGAUCGAGUAUUCGACGAGAAUACGACCCAGGGAGACGUCUAUGAAGCAUCUACAAAGCAUCUCCUAGACAGCGUACUGGAAGGAUAUAAUGCUACGGUCUUUGCCUAUGGUGCGACGGGAUGUGGGAAAACGCAUACAAUUACUGGAACCCCUCAGCAGCCGGGAAUAAUAUUCUUGACGAUGCAAGAAUUGUUUGAAAAAAUCGCAGAGAGGUCGGAAGAGAAAGUCACGGAACUGUCAUUGUCCUAUCUUGAGAUAUACAACGAAACCAUUCGUGACUUGCUUCUUCCUGGAGGAAGCAAACAAGGGCUUAUGCUCCGAGAAGACGCCAAUCAGACUGUAUCGGUUUCUGGACUGUCCACCCAUCGCCCUCAGAAUGUCCAAGAAGUGAUGGACAUGAUUAUGAGAGGAAACGAAUACCGAACAAUGUCCCCUACAGAAGCGAAUGAGACAUCUUCUCGGUCGCAUGCCGUGCUUCAGAUAAAUGUGGCGCAGAAGGACCGUAAUUCGGACCUCAAUGAGCCUCAUACAAUGGCGACCUUGAGCAUUAUCGACUUGGCCGGAAGUGAGCGAGCCAGUGCAACAAAGAACCGCGGCGAACGACUUGUGGAAGGCGCUAACAUUAACAAAUCCCUUCUUGCUCUGGGUAGCUGCAUCAAUGCCCUCUGCGAUCCACGGAAGCGCAACCACGUUCCGUACCGCAACUCAAAAUUAACCAGACUGCUAAAGUUCUCUCUUGGAGGUAACUGUAAAACAGUCAUGAUUGUCUGUGUUAGCCCUUCGAGUCAGCAUUUUGAUGAAACGCAGAAUACACUGCGCUACGCCAACAGGGCAAAAAAUAUUCAAACGAAAGUUACAAGAAACGUCUACAAUGUCAACCGUCAUAUCAAAGAUUUCCUUGUUAAGAUUGAUGAGCAGAUUGCCCUAAUCAAUGAACUGAAACAACAACAAAAGGAAUCUGAGUCAAUCGCCUUUGCCAAAUUCAAAAAGCAGAACGAAAAGAAAGAGGCUGUGCUACGUGAAUCGUUUGCACGUCUCCGCAGCGCAUAUGAACACGCCUUACCCGAUAGACAGGAGAAGAUCGAUUGUAUGGUACGGCUUAGACAAGUCAGUCGACGGAUGUCAGUGCUCUCCGCCUGGAUUGCCGCAUUUGACAAUGUAUGUGCAGCACGCGGCCAGGAUGAUACAAUGCCGAAUCUCCAGGCAAUUCGCAAGUCUGCCCAAGGGAUUCUUUUUGAAUUGGAAGGCAGCCGUCAACAUUACCAUCAGAAAAUUGGAAAGUCUUCUUGGGAAAGAACCUUGGAUUCUGCUCUAGAAGUAGGAAUCAAACAGAUUCGCGAGUUGGAAACAAGUGAUCAUACGGAUAUCGAAAACCUCAAGCGGGAGGCCCAAUUGUUGAAGUCUAAUGCUGAAUACGAAGCACUAAGUGCCGUAUCAGAGCAAGAUAAAACAGGGGAAUUCGAGACUAUUCAACGACUUCUUGAGGCUAACUUUGAAACCAUAUCAGCAAUUGAACAUAUUAUGCAACUUAGUGAAGAUGAAGCCAUUGAUACUGGCAAAAAGAUCCUUGGAAAACUUUUGGAAACUUGUUGUGCCAACACAUCUAACGUUGUUAAACCCAAUGGAAGCAGUCCUGCUAAAAUGGAAGCAUUCCCCCCUACUAGGAACGGCACCCCGAAGAGGCGUAAGAGGGUCAGUCUGGUCAGUCGAGUUUCUCUCUCGAAACCGCUUGUGCCUCCGGUCACAAUAACUCCGCCAGCCAACCAAACGCCGAUGAAAGGUUCUCCACGGAGGAGAAAAGGACCCGGAUUAAGAAAGAGUGUCUAUUUUACACCAAAGAAGUUAGGGAAACCUGCUAAGAGAAGUGUUAGAUGGAAAGAUGAUGCCGAAGACGGUCCUCUCGCGGAAUUCGAGAAAACUCCGCAAAAACCUCCUGCGUCGCCACAGCACCCAUCGAGCUCGCCUUCUUCUCUCCCGAUUCCAACUAUGGGAUCGUCUAUUCCUCUACGGUCGGGCUCGAGGGAAUCCUCUCCAAUACCAACCCCGCCAUCUAUACCAAGUACGUAUCCCAAAAACUCGAGAUUCCAGGCUGGGUUUUUGUCUAAGAAAACCAAUGAGGGUUCUCCCGGUCCCGCACCCGCGCCUCCUAGUUUAACCAGACUCUCCUUGUCGGACACGGAACAGCCAAGUCCUCUUCGCCAAAUCAGCAAUAGCAGUAUUCUGAACCGAAAGUCGCUCGACCGUGAAAGCAAUAACCGUUCGCCGGACGGUGAAGAACCCCUGAAAAUCAACAAAGUAGACGCUGUGAGAAUCGGUUCCGCCAUGCGACGCAUUUCCAGUGUCGGAUCCGGACCCGGUGGAUCUGCCAAUCGAACUCGACGCCGUAGCCCGAGUGUUUCGUCGAAUAGCCCUCCGAAUGAAAAUGCCAUGUUUACUGCCUCCCAGGCCCGAAGGAUGGUGAAAAGCGAAAAGGACCAGGAAGGCAAAUACGGUGUACUGGGUCCCAGAACAUUCCCUGUCACAAAACCUAACAACAAUCAACGGCGAGUUACUUCUAUGGACUUGGGCAGUUCUAGCAGAGACGGCAUAAGAUUUAGCGCAACUGCAAUUCCUUCCAGCAGCCCACCUCGAUCAAGCUUGCAGGGCACAGGGUCUAGUGCAUGCCGUUGA